UCAGUGCAGUGGAGAGGCAGCAGAGAAUCUUUUGGCCAUCCUGUUUUUACGUUGGUUCUGCGUUUUGAAAAGAAGGAGCGUUUUCAGUUGUAUGUGCACUCGGAGGUACCUACUGGUCUGCACCUGCCGUUUUUAGAGAAUAGUGACCACUCCAUCCCCACGGAUUAUAUUUUGCCUGGGAAUUCAGUUCUGAGUUUUUACUGUGUUUUUUUACAUCGAUACGGUGUGUGCAAAACGACACUGCUGCAACAAAACUGGAGUGUUAGUGGUUUAUAACGUUAGAGAAAAAGGAUGCGGGAUUUCGAACGAAUAGGAUUGUUAUUGUUUGUCGCGAUAUCAGGUUAUUUAGUCUUAGUAAUUGAAGGAGCUAAACUAAUAAUAAAUCCAUCUGGUCAAACACAGAGUCAACCCGCUGGAAAGGGUUUUGGUCUAACAUGUCAAGGAGAUGCAGACAACCCAGAUCUCUUCACAGAGAUGAAAUGGGUGGGCCCAAAAGGAGAAUUAGUAGAAGGAUCAUCAGGUCCGAUAGAAGUUUCAAAAGCAGGUGGCCUACUACUACUUAUGUUCAGAGAACCAACUACAGAAGAUAGUGGAUCAUAUAACUGCAGUGCAGUUUAUGAUAACAUUGACCCAUUGAAUACAGGAGUUCAGUUGGUAUUUUACCAGGACAUAACAUGGGAAGACUGCCCUACUAAACAGGCUCUAGUAAUUCAGACUGAUGGGAAAAUCAGAUGCCGUGUGUCAGCAAAUCCUCCUGCCACCAUCACUUGGCAAAAGGAUAAUCAAAUCCUUUCUGAUCGAUACAUCAUCGAAAAUGAUGGAAUCAAAGUAACAGGUGCUACAGAAGAGGACAAGGGAGAAUAUUCCUUGCGAGCAAUGGUUCAGCAGACUGGAAAAUUCCAAGAUAGAGUGAUUAAAGUUGAAGUCCAUGUUCCUCCUGAAAUCAUUGAAUUGGAUGAUAGAAUGGAAGCCACAGAGGGCAAUGAGGCUAUGCUGAGGUGUCAAGCAAGUGGAUUUCCAAGACCUGCUUAUGCUUGGUUUGACCCUGAUCAAAGGGAUCUGAGUAAUGUGGAAGGGCAUGUGGUUGAUGCAGAUACUGGUACUUUGAUCAUCAACAGUGUAAAACGAGAAAAUAAAGGACGUUAUACCUGCUGGGCAAAAAAUCCUGCUGGAGAUGCUAAAAGAAGUCUUGAACUGUCUGUGAUAGUUAAACCUGAAAUAAAACAAUUUGACAACAUCACAUCAGUGGAAAAUGGACAAGCUACAUUUGAAUGUAGAGCUAUUGGUGAUCCUCUACCAGAACUAACAAUUAGAAAGGAAGGCCAAGAUCGUCCUUUUGAUGAAGAUGAUGAUAGAGUUAGUUUGAAUAAAAGAAUUGAGGGUGAUGAAUCUGUCAUAACUUUGACAAUUGAAAACACUAUGCGAUCCGAUGAUGGUUUAUAUUUUUGUGCAGGAGAAAAUAAAGGCGCCCAUGUCGAAAGAGCUGGUCAUUUAACUAUUGAAUUUGCCCCAGUCAUGAGUUCUACUCCUAGCACCUCUGUGAAGACAUGGAAUGGAAAUCCUGUUAAUCUAACAUGCAUAGCUGAAGCAAUACCCAAUGCAACUAUUACUUGGUCAUAUAAUGGUCGAAAAAUUCAAGAUGAUGAUAUAUAUACAAUCUAUGGACGAUCAGCUCACAGCAAUUUGUUGGUAAGGUCUCCUAGUGAAGCAAUUAAUGCUCAAAGUGUGUAUGGAGUUUACAGAUGUCAGGCUGAAAAUAGUCAUGGGGAACAGUAUAUUAAUAUAGAACUUCAAGAAGCAAGAAGACCCAGUGAAUUACGAGACAUCAGAAAUGUUAAAGGUACUGCCACAACACUGACAUUUGAAUUUGAACCACCAUUGGAUGAUGGAGGUUUGCCCAUUCGUGCCUAUGUAGUUAAAUAUUAUGAAGAAAAUGAGCCUUAUGAUGAUGCUCUUGUUCAAGAAUGGAGUGAAGGUGUUCCAUAUGUCCUUGAUGAUUUGAAACCGAGAACUGCGUACAAAUUCCGUUUUGCUGCCAGAAAUGAAGUAGGUGUAGGAGAAUGGAGUGAUGAAAGAAGAAUUGUAACCCCAGCUGAGUCUUUCCCUGAACCUCCUAAAUUUAUUACUCCUGGUGGCAAUGUUAGCACCUAUCCUGAUCGCUUCCAGAUCCGCUGGACUGUGCCUUUGGAUAAUGGACGUAAAAUUGAUUACUUUGAAUUGCGAUACUUUGAAGCUGAGAAGAGAAACGGAGUUUGGCGAAGAAUUGGCGAAACUGUUGUGAAGGAGGUGAGAGAUUGGGAAAAUGCUCCUAUGUAUGAGAUGACAAGAUUGAAAGCAAAUACUUAUUACAAAGUUGAAGUUCGUGCUCACAAUGACAUUGGUUUUAGUCAAGAUGCUACUAUGGUCUUUCAAACUGCUGCAGGAUCAGAACAUGAGCACCAAAGUAAUGGCUACCAAGGUACUGUGUCAAGUUCACUAUCCAUUGGUGCGAUUUUUGCCAUCAUUGUUGCUGUUGCGCUUGUCAUCCUUAUUAUUAUCGAUAUAACUUGCUACGUCCGGUACCACUGGGGAGUUGUUUUCUUCCUGCGAAGCCGAGUUUGUGCAAAACCUAUGGCCAAUGAAAAAGCUAAAGAAGCUGCAUUUGAAGAUGGAAAAGGAGGAGGAAAUGAGGCAAACACAAACAAUGGAAAUGUAAAACUCGAUGCAAACAGUGUUGCUGUCACUGUUACUGAGAAAGGAGAUAAUUUUGAAAAGAAAACUAGAACAGAAGUAGAUAAUCCUGCAUUCGACAAAGAGAAGGAGCCUUUCAAGGUGAAUGAAGAAACUGAGAAAGAUAACGAAGGGGAAGUGGCUAAUGAAGAUACUCCAAUGAUUGUCUCUGCAGGUGCUAAAGAUACUAAAGCUAAUGAUGGCACAGCAGAUGAUGUGAAAAAUAAAUCUCCCAAAGGAUCAAAGUCAAGCAUUGCCAAGGAUAGUCUAGUGUAGAAUGACCAAAGAUGAUGAUUCUUUCAUUCAAGUUAGCAUUGCACUAAAUGCUAACAUAAUUUAAAUGGGAAAAAUAUGACUUUUCAUAAUUGUUGUUUGACAGUUGGUACAAAAACUCUUAACAUUCUGCUGCUUCUGUCAUACCAAAAAAAUAAUAAUAAUGUUAAUAAGAGAAAAAGUCUCAUUUAAACAAUUUUUUUUUUGUUCCAAAGACUGAUUUAUUCAGCUGUUUGUCUUUUUCCAGUAAUAUAUGUCUAUGAUCUUUUUUUUAAAAAAAUAUAGCGAAUUUCAACAAAUUUCUACUCUCAUCAAAGAUAACAACGAUAUCUAAUAUCACUGAAUUAAAGAAAUAGUUAAACUAAAUGUGUAACAUGCUUGUCCUUGGACUGUGUUCAGCUACCUAAGUAAUCUCAUUCUGUCAACAUUUGCUAUGGAUAAAAUUUACAAAAUGAAAUUUUCAUCGUGAAAUAUAAAAUGGAAGAAAAGAUCUGAAAUAGUAUUAGAUUUUUCUGAUAAAAAUGUAUAAAGUCAUCAGCAUCAACAUUUGUUUUGCGGAUUUAGCUCUACGGUUCUAUUUGAACAAAUAAUUCUUGAGAUUACUCAUUCCUUGUUAUGUGUUUAUAAAUCAUUCCAUAAUAUUUUUGAAGUAUUUUUGUUGUUGAUUUUGUUAGCUCGCUUGAUGGCAUAUUUGUAUUUAAGAAAAUGCCCUUUCAUCACAUAAACUUACUUGAUCAUCAUUGCUUAUUGUGUGUGUGCGUUUCUUUUCAAAUUCAUUUUUGCAAAGUGCUGGCUGUUUUUUUUUUAAUGUCUUUUUUCAUGUGGUUCAGUUCAUUUUUAUUUUAUAUCACUUCAUCAAUUUUUAUGUUCACUUGUAAAAAAAAGAAAGAAUAUUGCUUUUUAUUAUCGUGUGUUUUAUUAUUUCACACUGCCUGUGAAUGCAGUGAUGUAGAAUGUAUUCCCAUCUAAUUGAAACUCCCGCACACUUCAUGAUUUUUUUUUGUGUGUGUCUUUUUAGUUCCCCCCCCCCAUUUUUUUGUUGUACUUCACUUGUCAAACUUUUCAUGGAUAAAAAUAUGAAUUUUUAACUAUGUAAAUAAUGUGAAUCUAAUGGAUGUGUUUUCAUUUUAUUUGGGCUUUGCAUUAACAAAGAAAUAGAUCUGAAAGUGCUAUGAUAACGAAUAAUGCCACAUUAUUUACUCCACUACUGAACUUAUUCAAACGAAGUAGCGAAAGUAGUAUUUUCUUCAUGGAAUCGAUGUUAUUUCAGAUGCGUUUUUGAUGACCAUGACUGUUUCAUACAUGUUUAAAUAUAAAAAAAAGGAAAGUUGAAUUUAUAAGCAAUUUAAAAAUAAAAAACUUUUUAAUAUUUUCCAUAAAUUUAUUGCUUUUGACGAUAAAUGGGAAAAAUAGCAAAAAAGUUGUAUAACACCUUUACAGUGAUUAUUUUGAAAAGUUUUUUUACAACUGUAUUUAGUACAUUGCCCAUUUUAAUAUGCAUUGAUUUCAUGGGCUAUUAAAACAAUGGUAAUCUUUUUAAGAAAAAAAAAUAUGAUUCUGCUCUCUACGACACAUCAGCAGUUUCGGUGCAGCACCAAUUACACUGCUUAGCACAGCUGAUCCAUUCAGUACAUCAUUAUUACUUGUAAUCUCCGUGAUAUGUGCUGUGCAAAUUCUAGCCUUCUUAGUUGCAUGAAAGCAUUAUUAUAUAUGUAUAUAUACAAUGUAAAAAUACAAAAGGAAAAAUCAGUGGGUGCCAGAGCCUUACCAUCUGUAUGAGCAGCUAUUUUUCGGCAAAUGAAAUACUUGUACAAUUAUAAUGUGUUUGUUCUGAGAUAUAUUGGAAUGCUUGCUGCUCUCUUCUUACCUUGUGAUGUUGUGUGCAUGAAUCAAGAAUAAAAUCUUGUUCAUAAACGUUA